AUGAAAACUUUAAUAUUUUGGUUCUUCUUGCUCGUUGUCUGUUCCUACUGUAAUCGGGAUUUUAAGUCUCUUGGCCGACAUCAAUGGCGCUGUAAAGAACGGCUUCGUGAGAAUGUGAACGAAAGGAACGAAGGCCCAACACUUGUCACAAACAAUCACGAUUUGACUCAAAGUAAUGCUGAGAUGGAUGAUGCUGCGUUGAGAAACCAAGGUCGUAUUUCAAACGUCGACUAUGUUAAAUGUUGUUGCGGCAAGAAAUGUAAAGGUUUGCGAGGCUUGAAGGGUCAUCAAAGAUCAUGUCGCUUCAUCAAAGGUAUGUGCUCUGAUUUGCUAUUGCCACAUGAAGGAGAAAUCACAAACGAACACGAUCAAAUAAGUGAUGUUGACGAAGAUAUAUUUAAUGGCACGCCUAUUUUAAAGCCGGGCGUUAAACUUCCAAAAACUGAACAUGAAUGGAAGGAGGAGGAUCUUUAUUUUAGAGCCGAGCUGCCUAUAUUCGAGGUUAGGGAAUGUUCGGUGAACGAUUGUGUUGACAAAAUGACGAAUUUGGUAUAUGAUUACUUUGUAGAAAAUUUCGGUACGGUGAAUAAGUGCAAGGAUUCCAACUCUGAAUAUCAUACUAAGUAUGCUAGUUACUCAAAACAAGAGCUAAAACGAGAACUGAAAGCAUUGAAACGCCAGUCACCUGUUGAUGUAGAGAAUAUUCAGUAUGUGUCAAGAUUACUAAGGAAAUUAACUCAGAAUAAAGGCCAUGAUAAUACUAAAUCUAUUAAUCACGACGAGGAAAUCAAGAAAAAUUUCUGGGCUUAUGCCAAAUCGCAUUUAGAUAGCGCUGACUAUCUGAUACCAACGUUCGAUUUGGCAACUUGCACUAAUUACUUUAAAAACAUUUGGAUGAACGCAUGUCCAUCUCAUGUUUUUUCCCUACCAAAUUGGUUACCGAGACUUUCAGCACCUGUACACGAAUUUAAUUCUACACCUCCAACUUAUGCUAAAAUUACGGCUAUCAUCAAAAGAAUGAAAACAGGUAGCUCUGCGUGCCCGCUUGAUCAGCUCUCAAUUAUUCCCUUUAAAAAAUCUGCAUACCUUAGAUCUUACUUGACAACAAUCAUUCAAAUGGUAUGGAAAUCGGGCCAAAUUCCUGACACUUGGAGAAGAGCUGCAUCAAUUCUUAUUCACAAAAAAGAAUCAACUGACGAUCCUCAAAAAUUUAGACCAAUUACCCUGCAAUCAGUGCCUCUCAAAAUUUUUACAUCAACAAUACGGAAUGCCAUGUAUGAGUUUCUAUCAAAAAACAAUUAUAUUGAAAAUAGGAUUCAAAAAGGAUUUACUCCGGGAAUGUCCGGCACGUUUGAACAUACGGCCCAUUUAGCGUACUUAAUUAGACGAGCGAAAAAACAACAAAGAUCUCUAACAAUAGCACUACUUGACUUAAGAAAUGCAUUCGGCGAAGUCCACCAUAAGCUGAUUCAAACAGUACUAAAAUAUCAUCAAAUCCCCGAGCAUUUUCAAAAUUGUAUUGCAAACCUCUAUACUGACUUCCGUACCGUAGUGGUUACGGAAAAAUAUCUAACACCGUUCCUUAAAGUCAGUAAAGGAGUGCUACAAGGAGAUUGUUUGAGCCCGUUGUUGUUCAACAUGGUAAUGAAUACGUUUAUUCAAUACAUUAAAACGGAUCAGUUUUGUCAACUCGGAUUUAAUGCUGGGCAGCCGUUUCUAACCCCCAAACAUUGGUUUCAAUUUGCCGAUGACGCGGUGAUAACAACAGGUGAGGAGUACGAGACACAAAUAUUACUGAAUGCAUUCACCAUGUGGUGUAAUUGGGCAAAAAUGACGCUAAGAGUCGACAAAUGCAAGUCAUUCGGAAUUAUCAAAAGGAACUCAUUAUCCAAGCAGUAUUUUCCGAAAAUUUACGUUAACCACGGCUUAAUUACAGCGGUAAAGGGGAACGAAAGCUUUUGUUAUCUCGGUAGAUUUUACAACUUCCCGAUGGAUAACGUAGAACAUAAACAGUUCUUGCUGUCUGAGACUAGUAGCAUCUUAGAAAAAAUCGAUCGUCUCCCUCUACACUCAAAAUUUAAGCUUGAGUUAUAUAUGAAAUAUCUGCUCCCGAAAAUAUCUUGGCAUCUCACUAUUGCAGACAUUGAUAGAACAUGGAUAAAGCAAACUUUAGACACAAUGUGCCACAAUAAAUUUCGGACAUGGCUUGAGAUACCACCAAACGGCACCCUUGACAUAUUGCUUCUUGGGAAAUCCAAAUUCGGUUUCGACAUCAUUGAUGUAUCAACAAAAUUCACUGAAUGUCAAGUAAUUUUGCGAAAUAAAUUAAAAGACUCGAGUUGUCUAGACACCCAAAACCUUUUCUACGCAUCUAGCUCAAACUGUAAUGUGCAGUACGAUGGUUUCUCCACCCCAAAACAGGUUGCCAAAGAAAUUAGGAAAGAUAAGAUCUUUAAUAUUGAAAGCAAGCUAACGUCGCAGAGUCUUAUAAUUAAGUCGAUUUGGAGAGAUGCUUUCCAGGGUACAGCGAAAGAUUGGCACUCGGCAGUUGACAAACUCCCUAAAAACAUAUACAACUUCGUAACUAGAUAUUUAAAUAACACCCUACCUACAUUAACAAACAUGGUUUUGUGGAAGAAAGCUCAAAAUAAUCUGUGUCAUUUCUGCUUGAAUGUGCAAACACUACAACAUAUAGUGUCUUCUUGCAAAACAUCCCUGGACGAAGGUCGAUACACAUGGAGACAUAAUUCAGUGCUGAAACACCUAGCAACGUACAUAUCUAGUGUCAGAAGGGACUUUCACGUUUAUGCAGACAUUUCUGGUUUUGAUAAUCCAUCUGUGAUCACAGGCUGUAAUGACCGACCAGACUUGGUAAUAUCAGACAACAACCAAAAUAUAUAUGUUAUUGAAUUGACAAUCGGCUUUGAAACUAAUAUGGCAAAAAACUGUUUAAGGAAAAGGGAACGAUACAAGGAUCUUUGUAACUUUUUAAGAGAACGAUUUAACAAAGUAACGUAUUUUAACUUAUGCAUGGGCGCGAUUGGAGUUUUAAGUCAUGAAUGUAAACAGUUCUAUGACUUUUUGGACCGCGAAGUAAGAUUAAGCGAUAUGCAAAGAAAAUUCAUCAUUAGAAAACUAACCGGCUGCUGCAUAAGGACAAGUUAUUAUAUAUUUUGUUCUAGAAACAGACAAUGGUCUUGCCCUGAACUUUUAUAUUGGUAGGAUUCAUGCUGUCAUGUGUAUGUACAGUUAUCUUAUUUGACACUGUCUACGUUGUUACCUUACGAACGUAUUUUAAAAUAACCAUUGUAAUAGCAUUUCUGUAGAAAUUCCAUUUUGAUGAUUUGUAAAUAUUUUAAGCUUAGUUUAACAUUGUAUUCUUUUCUUAAUCUUUUGUACCAUAAUGUAGCCAGGUUGCCUAUAAUACUUUAGUGAGAGCUGGUUACUAAUAUUUGUAUGAAAUGAAAUAAAAUGUGUUUACAUUAUUAUUAUUAUUAUUAUUAUUAUUAUUAUUAUUAUUAUUAUUAUUAUUAUUAUUAUUAUUAUUAUUAUCCAAUCUGUCCUUGGCUAUCAUCACAUCCCUAAUCACAUGAAUAAUUUAAUAAAAAGCUUAUACGCUGAUUUUAAAACUUCCGUAAUUACGUCUCAGUUCCGUACCCGUUUUAUACCUGUUGGCCGUGGUGUAUUGCAAGGUGACUGUCUUAGUCCUCUACUAUUUAAUAUGUGUUUCAACACAUAUAUUCAGCAUAUCAAAGCUGAAAAGUACCGUCAGUUCGGUUUCUCCCUCCAACUUCUUAAUCCAAUCCACUGGUUUCAGUUUGCCGAUGAUGCUGCGGUUAUUACCGGUCAAGAGUCGGAAAAUCAACAUCUCCUUAAUCGAUUCUCUAUCUGGUGUCAAUGGUCCAACAUGGUUGUUAGAGUUGAUAAAUGUAGCGCAUUUGGCAUCAAAAAAGUUUUAUCAAAAUCUGCCCAGUACCUGCCGAAGCUUUUGAUCAAUAAGGAUCUCAUACCAACGAUUAAGACUGGAGAAUCAUUUGAGUAUUUGGGACGACACUUCGACUUUAGCAUGACUAAUGAAAAACAUAAAUCUAAACUGAUCUCCCUCAUUGAUGAACUAAUGUCCGAAAUAGAUCUUAAACCUCUUCACCCAAAAAACAAAAUUUUACUUUACAGUCGUUAUGUUUUGUCGAAACUAUCCUGGCAUUUUACUGUUGCUACGAUAUCUAAAACUUGGGUAGUCGAAAAUAUCGAUUCUCCGGUGAACAAGUACGUCCGAAAAUGGCUGGAAGUUCCUAUAUCUGGAACAUUAAGUAACAUCUUUCUAACCCGUAAUAAGUUUGGUCUAAAUAAUUAUCAUCCCUGCAUCCGUCAAGUUCAUUCAGUGUCAAACAGUUCUACGCAAUGCCCUAAAAACAUCUCCAAACGAUUCAAUUAA